AUGAGCCUCUUCCCGAUACCAGAUCCUGAGAAGUUGCGCAUCGCGAUGGAGCAGAACUAUCACUACUACCAGAACCAGGAACAAGCCAUGCACUUACCUGCACCAAGCACAGAGGACAACAAGCCCAACAUCGAUGACGACAGCCCUUGGACGUUAGCUGGAGCCUCAUCGCAAGACAUAUAUGCAGUCUCGCAGCGCAUGGCAUGGCCAUCGCAACUUUCGCAGAGCCUGGCCUUUGACCCACUACCUACUCCCACCCAGUCGACCUUUCAUCUUGAUGAUACCAGACCCAUGACACUUGGUGUUCAUGGUUCAUGGCCAGUGGAUAUGGAUCCCUCUCUUGCCUAUUCCUCAUAUCCUGAGUACACACAUCCCGGAUCAGGCUUGCCCAGCUACUCGAUGGCCACCGCUGGAGCCACAAUCGCGCCUUGGGAGACAGUACAACCCGCUGCAACCUCUUUUGCAAACCUACAAUAUGAUUCACCGUGCAGGUCAGAUUAUACGACCAGCUCCAGGCAAAGUCUGGUCGACUCCUCUCCAUAUACCCACUCCGAUGGCUUUUACCCUUCAAAGGGCUCACCUUACAUCAAGCUUGAGGACACUGGCGAGGCUUCGCGGCCUCGUCUCCACUCGCUUCCCGGCGCUUCACCACAUGGGCAGACAGCACACGUCGACCCUGGGGACAUCUACGGCAGCCCGCCCUUGACAGCGCGUACCCAGCCAGAGUGGCCAGCCUUGGACGCGCCCGUCAAGGUCGACGAAGAGCAAGACUUCAAGCCCGUCCUUCACCCACAGCCCUCGUCACCACGAGCCCGACGCAGUCGGCCGCGGCGAGCAGUAUGCGAAGAAGCCUCUGCAUCCGCCAUCGAGCAGCGAGAAAAGCGAGGCUAUACCACCCCCGAUAACUCCACCUGUUGCUGCGACCAGUGCGGCAAGCUCUUCCAGCGAAGCUACAAUCUGAAGGCGCACAUGGACACGCAUGAUCCACAUCGUGACCAGCCUCACGUUUGCCAAUAUCCUGAGUGCACCAGGAGGUUCGUGCGACGCACUGAUCUGGUUAGACAUGAGCAGAGUGUACAUCUCAAGGAGCGCAAGCAUCGGUGCCCGUUGUGCUAUGGGUGCUUUGCACGUAAAGAUACACUGAGACGACAUAUCGAUGAUGGAUGUCCCAGGCGACCAGAGAUGCGAAGGCGUCUGGAGGAAAUGCGCAACGCGGCAUGA